AUGGACUCGGCCGCUGGAGGAUCCUCACGAGCCGUCGGUCGCUCCAACGUCGACGCCUUCGUGGCCACGCUCUCGCCCUGGGAUCUCCUGUAUCUUCGCGGCAGAUUUCGCGGCGGCACCCUCCCCAUCACCGGCUUGGCUGGCCUGCCCGAUCUUCCCGCAGAGAUCGUCUCCCUCAUCGCCGUGCAGCUCACGCUAGACGACAUUGUGAAUUGCCGUCUCGUGAGCCGCGACUGGCACGCAUCGUGGACCCAAAGUGCCGUCAUCACCGCUCUCAGCCAUUUCUUCUUCCCGGGCCUCGUAGAGAAACACGAGCAGCUCAAAGUCCCGCAGUCACCUCGGCGGCUCGUCGACGCGUCCGUCACAAGGGCCCUUCGCAGACGGCACGCCAGGCCUUGCCGCGCGUCCUUCAUCGUCUGGCGAGAGCGAUGCUGUCCGGUCUUCAGAAGGCCCCGGGAGGAAGACGACCAAGGCUCGGACUGUCGUCGCACGUCGUAUCGCUCCACGGGGCCGCCUGUUUUCUACGACAGAGCCCGCCUGGCGUGGCAGGCAAGCGAGGUAAGCGUCAUCGUGGAUGAUCUGCGCACAUGCCGACGCCACGACUGCAGCCUGGUAGAGGCGCACGUCCAGGGCCAGAGGCUGGCGCUUCAGGCCAUGUCGCGCGAGCUGCUCGUGUUUGUUGCGAGGCGACCCUCGGCCGGACUGAACUACAAUACCGUGCAAAUAUGGCAUGUCGACCUGGAAGAAUGGCGUCGUACUACCUUGCCUGGCCCUUUGGCAACAUGUUUUGUCGAGGGCGAGCGAGCCGCAUUCAUCACGAGACAAGGUUUGGUCAUAGCUUGGUCCUGGACCGGCGGCGCCACCGAGGUCGACGUAUCUGGGGAGGUGAGCAGGCCGCCUGAAGACUAUGAAGGCCGUCAGUCACUCCCUGGUGUGAUGUUACACCCAGAGAGACUGGACACGUUGUAUGUGGCGGCCAUGUUUCGAUCAAAACUGAGCACCGACGGUUUUCGCGCAACUGGACAGUCUCAGCAACGCCGCUUCUUGAUGUCUGUGGUUCGCUACCAAGGCGGCAAACCCACCAAGCGGUGGCAGGAACUUAUUCGGAAAGACUCGCUAAGUAUCACGUAUGACGACUCUACGUGUAAGCCCUUUCGCAUCACGCUUGCAUGUUCAAAAAUGGGCUCCCAUGGACUGCACAAUCUGGGCACGGUUCUUACAGCAAGCAACAAAAACCACCCGACACGAGUGGUAGAGCUCGCGACUGCAGCAUUCAGCAUUUACAAGGAAACUUUUAUACAGCGCACAUUUGCAGAAAGCGAGGGGAGCAGCAUGACCGACCGGUCGCCAUUACACUUUGAGCCGUCAGCCUGGGGCGUGUGCGAGUACGAGGAGCCGCUGACGACGUGGUCACAACAGCACGCGUCCAUUCCGCGAUGGGUGAAACCGGACUCUGCAGAUGGGCCACCGGACCGCGACGAAGCGGCGGCGGAUGACGUCUUCUUGUACUUGAAGGAGCUGGCCAAGGGCGUGCCAGCGUCGGAGCCGUGCCGGAUAUUUGGCGACGAGGACUUUGAGAUACACGUCACGACGCAGGGUAUCUUGGUGUGGUCGUUUACCGAGGAGACGAACUUGCCGGCGGUGGACGGUCCACGGAGCCUGGGCGAGACGAAGGAUGAGCCCUGGAAACUGGCUGACCCCGUGAGGGGAGUCGAUCUGCAUCCCUUUGCGGGCUGA